AUGUCGCAGUCACGGGGGCGCGCUAGAGCGCCCGAUGGCCUCCCCAUCCACGCCCCCUCCUCCAGCAACGAUAACCACGAUAACGCACCCCUACCUUCCUACCUCGCCAGGCAUAUCCAGCUCGGCUUCUCCACCGACGAUGUCGCUGCGCUCAUCACCGCCAUCGACUCGAGCCAAGACCGAUCGCCCUCCUCUGCGAACAGGACGCUAGCGCACCUCCCCGCAGAACUGCUCCUCCAGAUCCUCGAACAUGUUCCUGUGGACUAUAUUCUCGACUGGCGUUUAGUCUGCCGUGGCUUUCGCGAUGCGAUCGACGGACGGGUCCUAUACCGCUGUCUGCAGAGGACGGAGCUGGUGGGGUAUAUGGGUGCGAGAGAUUUUGGACUCAUGGUGGACUUGGACGACGAACAGUAUGAGUCGGUCCAUUUACUCGAAGCAGGGUUUUCGCACGUCGAGUGGGACACUGCGUCAGACCCGGAGACAAAUCGACCCGCGUGGAGCGCGACGCACGCCGUUUUUGAGAUCGCAGAGGAGUGGUAUGACGCGUUCAGGCGAGUAGGCGGUGCGGAAGCGAAUGAUGGCCAUACGCUUGACGACGCGGACUCAGACUGGUAUAGUGUCUUGGUCCGACUGCAGUUGCGCCGCAGGGAAGAAUAUUUCGGGACGUUGCGCUGGUGCAUCCGGCUCGACCACGCGGUCCUAGAUCUGGAUCUCCCGUGUGAAUGGCGGCGAAUGCACUUCGACGUCGAUGUCACCCUGCGCACGGGAUCGAUACGGGUUGCGUGGAAAGAUAUGCUCGUCCGCUUCCUCAAGACGGAGCGACAAUACCGGUUACUACUAGAACAAAAAACCGCCUCCCCCUACACCUUCUCCCACCACGAAGACUGCCUCCGCUCCGUCCGCCGCACCCACCUCAUGCGCUCCCUCACCGACAGUAAAGACGACAGCCGCAUCCUCUGGCACAUGCGCCUCCUCCCACCCCUCUGGGCCAGCGCCCCAUCCCCCAAACACACACCCCUCAGCCUAACCCCCACCGAAAACGACGCCAUAACCACACUGCUCCUCCUCCGCCGCGCCGCCUCCCUCACCUCCUCCCAACUCACCUACCUCCACACCCUCCACACCUCCUACCAAACCAUGGAAUCCGCCCUCCGCAACCUAGACGAAACAUACUCUGAAUUCAAAUCCUACAUGAACAUGCCUGGCUUCCAGACGAAUAUCUUGCUGCCGGCUGUGAUUCGCAAUGCGAAGAAUAUACCGAGGAAUCCUGUGGCGUGGAGUGAUGAGCUGAGGAGUAAGAUUGAGGGGAUGGUGGAGAAGUGGCGGGGGCAGAGGGAGGUGGUGGAGAAGGUGAGGGGGUUGUUGGAGAGUAGUAAUGUGGCGAUGGCUGUGCCGGAUGAUAGCUUUGAUGAGCUGGGGAGUGAUUUUUGA